AUGCCGUUGAAACGAAAGACUCGAACAACCUUAAGUCCUGACGAUUCAAUUAAAAAACAAAAACAUGAAUCAAAUCAGUCAAUCGACAUUCCCAUUGAGAAUUGCUUGAUGUGGUUUAGAACGGAUUUAAGAAUUCAAGAUAAUAUAGCACUUCAUAAAGCCUCAACCAUAAUUUUUACGAAAUCCGAAAAAAGUAAUUAUGUAUUCGCUAUAUACCUGAUUUCCCCGGAGGAAUGGAGGUCACAUGAUGUAGCUCCAACCAGAGUGGAUUUUUGGCUGCGAAACUUAAAAGAAUUAAAGAAAUCAUUAAACGAGUUAAAUAUUCCGCUGAUUAUAGAAAACGUUGAUAAUGCUAGCGAUGUUCCCAGUGUUAUGAUCGAUUGGUGUAAAAGAUUGAGAAUAAGUCAUCUAUUCGCCAAUAUAGAAUAUGAGGUGGAUGAAAUGAAGAGAGAUAAGCAAGUUUUUGAUUCUGCAACGUCUAAUUCAAUCAAAGUCGAAAUGUUGCAUUCUCAAUGUAUUGUGAAACCGGGGCUGUUAAAGACGAAGGAGGGAAAACCAUAUAGGGUGUAUACGCCUUUCAAGAAUUCUUGGUUUCGUCAUGUUGAAUCGGAUCUUUCGAUUCUUGAAUCAUCACCAAUUCCAUUUCCAAAUUCGGUAUCUAUACGUAAUUCAUAUCUGGAAACCUUUUCUUUUAAGGUUCCUUCUUCAAUUCCAGGAUUCGAAAUCUCUUCAGAAUUAGCAAAGAUUACUCGAUUCAAUUUUCCAGCAGGAGAGCAAUACUGUCAUUCUUUAUUAUCGAAAUUUCUCUUGCAAAAGGUCUCAAAAUAUUCAGAUGCAAGAGACAUUCUCUCGCAAAAUGGAACGUCAUCAUUAUCACCUUACUUGGCUUCAGGAAUUAUAUCUGCAAGGCAAUGCGUUUAUAAAGCUUUUAUAUCCAAUAAUAAUAAAUUAUCAACUGGUAAAAAUGGAAUCGUUAAAUGGAUCAAAGAAAUUAUUUGGAGAGAAUUUUACAGACAAAUUCUCGUCGCCUUCCCUCAUGUAUGCAAAAAUAUGCCAUUCAAGAAACAUAUGAAAAAUAUUGAAUGGAAUAAUGAUGAAGAAAAUUUUAGGAGAUGGUGUCAAGGUAAAACUGGUUAUCCAAUUGUUGAUGCUGGGAUGAGACAACUUAAUGGAAUGUGUUGGAUGCAUAACAGAGCUAGGAUGAUCGUUGCCAUGAAAGGAGAAAGAUAUUUUAUGAGUCAUUUGAUUGAUGGAGAUUUUGCAAACAAUAAUGGUGGAUGGCAAUGGUGUGCUUCAACUGGAUCGGAUGCGCAGCCAUAUUUUAGAAUUUUCAAUCCAACGACUCAAAGUGAGAAGUUUGAUCCAACCGGAGAAUAUAUUCGUAAGUGGGUUCCAGAAUUAAAGCAUCUUGAUUCUAAACAAAUACACAAUCCUUUUGGGGUUUUGAAUGAAUCCGAGUUCAAAAAGCUAGGAUAUCCGAAGCCAAUAGUUGAUCAUCAAAAAGCAAGGGUCGUUGCUUUAGAAAGAUUUAAAAAAGUUAAAUAA